CGCGAACAUGAACAUUGGCUGCGUCAUCCUGGCUUGCUCCAUACUUGUGGGCGCAUCCUCGGGGAGUAAGGCAGGCCAGCCCCUCAAAGCAACAUGUCGACCAGGAUUCUCCCAGAACUUCUACACCGUCAUCGUCCCUCGAGACGUGCUGCACGGACAGCGCAUUCUCAAAGAUACCGCCCUGUCCAGCCAGCGGGUGAGGUUCGACGAUUGCCAGCACAGCCGAGAGGUGGGCUUUGUCAGCAGCGACCCGAGCUUCAGCGUGCGGUCAGACGGGAGCGUGUACACCGAGCAGGAGGUCGCCAACCUGUCCGAACCCGUCCAAUUUAUGGUGACUGCUAGAGGAGUGCACGAUCCGCACAUCUGGGAGGCAACGGUGAAGCUGGCGCUGGCGGGGCACCCACAUCCUCUCCCGAUGGGCAAGGUUGGCAUAGAAGAGAUGCUGUCAAGAGUGUGGGAGUCCCAGCCCAGAGUCAUCCGCUUCCCACGGAAACACCAGAGGAGCUCGGUGGCCAAUGGGCUGCGGCGACAGAAGAGAGACUGGGUCAUCCCGCCGAUCAACGUGCCCGAAAACUCCCGCGGACCCUUCCCUCACAUGCUCGUCAGGAUUCGAUCUGACCAGGACAAAGACGUGGGAAUCCGCUACAGCAUCACCGGAGCGGGCGCCGACCAGCCGCCAAGUGGAAUCUACAAUAUCGACCCUAUUAGUGGGAACAUGUUUGUCACGCAGCCCUUAGACCGAGAAGAAAGAGCGUCGUUCCAUCUGCGAGCUCAUGCGGUCGACAUGAACGGAAACCAGGUGGAAAACCCCAUAGAUCUGUACAUCUACGUCAUCGAUAUGAACGACAACCGGCCCGACUUUCUGAACCAGGUUUACAAUGGAUCUGUGGCCGAGGGAUCUAAACCAGGCUCGUCCGUGAUGCAGGUGACGGCCACUGACGCCGACGACUCCACCACGGCCAACGGGAUGGUCCGCUACCGCAUCCUGUCCCAGAGCCCCCACAGCCCCAUCCCGAACAUGUUCACCAUCAACAGUGAGACGGGAGACAUUGUCACAGUCGCAGCCGGCCUGGACAGAGAGAAAGUGUCGCAGUACACCAUCAUCGUCCAGGCCACAGACAUGGAGGGAAACCUGAACUUCGGUUUGUCCAACACGGCGACGGCGCUCAUCUCCAUCACCGACAUCAACGAUAACCCUCCAGAGCUGACCGUCAGAACUUUUUCAGGUGAAGUCCCGGAGAACAGGGUGAACGUGGUGGUGACAAAUCUGACCGUGCUGGACCGGGAUCAGCCCCACAGCCCAAACUGGAACGCCGUUUAUCGCAUUGUCAGUGGAGACCCGUCCGGGCACUUCACCAUCCGCACCAACCCGGUCACCAACGAGGGCAUGCUCACGGUGGUAAAACCCGUGGACUUUGAGAUGAACCGCGCCUUCAUGCUGACCGUGGUCGUGUCCAACCAGGCGCAUUUGGCCAGCGGUAUCCAGUCGUCGUUGCAGUCCACCGCGGGAGUGACCAUCUCAGUGCAGGAUGUGAACGAGCCCCCCGUGUUCCCCGUCAACCCCAAGAUGAUCCGCUUUGAGGAGGGCGUACCCGCGGGGACCACCCUCACCGUGUUCUCUGCGCAGGACCCGGACCACUUUGUUCACCAGAUCGUCAGAUACUCCAAACUGUCGGACCCCGCUAACUGGCUAAGAAUCAAUCGCACCAACGGUCAGAUCACCACUAUGGCCAUGCUGGACCGAGAGUCUAUGUACGUGAAGAACAACGUGUACGAAGCUACUUUUUUGGCGUUCGACAAUGGUAAGUCGGGUUCUCCUCAGGCGAGCGGCACUGGAACCCUCCAGAUCUACUUGAUAGACGUGAACGACAACCCUCCCGUGCUGCUCCCUCGAGAGGCGCAGAUCUGUGAGCACGGCCGGCCCAACAGCAAGAUCAACAUCACAGCCUCGGACGCAGACGCCGACCCCAACGUGGGACCCUUUGUGUUUGAACUGCCCACCUUCCCGGCCGUCGUCCGCCGCAACUGGACCAUUUCUAGACUCAGCGGGGACUACGCUCAGUUGAAGCUGAAGAUCCCGUACCUGGAGUCUGGCGUCUACGAGAUCCCCGUGAUCGUCUCAGACUCGGGGAACCCUCCUCUGUCCAACCGCUCCAUGCUCCGGAUCAAAGUGUGUCCGUGUGAUGAGAGCGGCGACUGCAGCACCACCGGAGCCGUGGCGGCGGCGGGGCUCGGCACAGGGGCCAUCAUCGCCAUCUUAAUCUGCAUCAUCAUCCUCCUCAGCAUGGUGCUGCUCUUCGUGGUGUGGAUGAAGCGCAGGGAGAAGGAGCGACAGGCCAAACCUCUGCUCAUUGACCCCGAGGAUGAUGUUCGAGACAAUAUUCUGAAAUAUGAUGAAGAGGGGGGAGGAGAGGAGGACCAGGACUAUGACCUGAGCCAGCUGCAGCAGCCCGAGUCACUGGAGCACAUCAUGAAUAAACCUGCGGGAGUGCGGCGGGUGGACGAGAGGCCGGUGAUCACAGCCGAAUCCCAGUACCCCGUGCGCCCCAGCCUGCCCCACCCUGGAGACAUUGGGGACUUUAUUAAUGACGGUCUGCGGGCGGCGGACAACGACCCCACGGCUCCGCCCUACGACUCCCUGCUGGUGUUCGACUACGAGGGCAGCGGCUCCACGGCCGGCUCCGUCAGCUCGCUCAACUCAAGCAGCUCAGGUGACCAGGACUACGACUACCUCAAUGACUGGGGCCCCCGCUUCAAGAAGCUGGCCGACCUGUACGGAGGAGGACAGGAGGACUGAGAGCAGUGCUGGGACAGGCUGAGGAGGGGCAGCCAAGGACUACACUUCACUUCUGGGACCACGAUGACCCAGGAAUGGACCCUUCACUUGGGCUGUCACGGGGCUCGCCUUUUCCAGCCUGUGUGUGUAGGAAUUCUGCUGCAAUUGUAUUCUGGCUUUAUACAUUUCUUAGUGGCAAAUUUGUAGUGUUUUUGUUUUGUUUUUUUUCGUCCCACCGCGCUGGACCCUCUGGGGAUGAAUCGAUGCGGUCACAGGAGACACCAGUAGUGAAAAAUACGCUUUCACUCCAGAUAGAAGCGUCUACAGUGGUUGAUGUUGCUUAAAUUU